UAAACUGAAGAAGUGCUUGAAUAAAGUAAUAAAAUUGGAAGCGUAUUCAUUUUGUUGGUGAAAAGGCCUAUUUGGACGCACCUGUGGUCGAGGAAAUUGGUUCAUGGAAUACCACAAUUUUUGCUCAAACCUGAACAACCUGAACUUGUCUGAAAAUGAGCGGCCGGGCACGAGCACGAGGCAGAGCUCGUGGUCAGGAGACCUCUGCACCUGGAGCGAGCAAGGCUCGAGAGUCCGCACCACCAGCUCCUGCAGCCCCGCAGCGGGGAGAGGGCGAGGCAGAGCUGCUCGGUAGAGGGAGGCAGAAAGGCGUUCCCGGACCCUUCUCUGCAGAAGCUGUUUCACAGAUAUCAGCUGGAUUUCAGCAGGUGAAGCUGGGAGAAAGAGGCGGACGCCGCCGGGAUUUUCAUGAUGUGGGGAUUAACACCAGGCAGGCUAUGGAGCACGUUAAGGAAUCAAAGAGCGGAACAAGCGGUACUGCCAUCCAGUUGACAGCGAACUUCUUCCGCAUCCUGUCCCGCCCUCAGUGGUUACUGUAUCAGUACCAUGUGGGCUACAGUCCACCGAUGGAGUCCCGUCGCCUGAGGUCUGCCCUCCUCUUCCAGCACGAGGAAGUACUUGGUGUAGCUCGCAGCUUUGAUGGUGCUUUGCUGUUUCUGCCCCACAAACUGCACAGCAAGGAGACGGUGCUGUACAGCGAGACCCGGAACGGAGAGAAGGUUCAAAUCACCGUCACGCUGACAAAUGAGCUGCCGCCCUCAUCUCCGGUGUGCAUUCAGUUUUACAACAUUAUAUUCAGAAGGAUCCUGAGAAUUCUCAACAUGCAGCAGAUUGGACGCAACUACUACGACCCCAAAGACCCGCUCAACAUCCCACAGCACAGGCUGACCAUCUGGCCGGGAUACGCCACCACCAUCUUGCAGUACGAGUUGUCCAUCAUGAUGUGUACUGACGUGAGCCACAGGGUGCUGCGCAGCGAGACGGUCCUGGACUUUAUGGGCAACCUGAGGCAGCAGUGUGGAAGUCAGCGCUUCCCUGAGGUCUGCGCCAAGGAGCUCAUAGGACUCAUAGUCCUCACCAAAUACAACAACAAAACCUACAGAAUUGACGAUAUUGCGUGGGAUCACACUCCCAGCAACACAUUCAAGAGAGGAGACACGGACAUUUCUUUCAAGAACUAUUACAAGACUCAAUAUGGCCUGGACAUCAGUGAUGGGAACCAAGUGCUGCUGAUCAGUCACGUGAAGAGGAUGGGUCCUGCUGGAGCUCCUCCUCCUGGGCCCGCCAUGCUGGUCCCCGAGCUGUGCUACCUGACAGGCCUGACUGACAAGAUGCGAGAAGACUACCGAAUCAUGAAGGACUUGACCGAGUACACCAGACUGAGCCCGGAGCAGAGGAAUCAGCGCCUCAACAGAUUCGUCACAAAUAUCCACAAGAAUGCUGAUGCUCAGGCGGAGUUGGAUAAGUGGGGACUCAUCUUUGACAAGACGCUCCUAAAGCUGACUGGCAGAGUCCUCCCGGGGGAGACGAUUUUCCAGGGAUCAAGAUCGUAUGUGUACAGCCCCAUGGCAGCUGACUGGACCAGAGAGAUGCGUGGGGUGCCUGUGAUCAGCGCUCCUCCCCUGGAAUCCUGGCUCCUCUUUUACACCCGCCGUAGCGGGAACGAAGCCCAGUCCCUCCUGCAGACCCUGAGCAAAGUCUCGGGCCCGCUCGGUAUCCGCCUGAACAGAGCCAUCAUGAUCCAGUAUGAGGAUCAUCAGGAGUCUCUCCUCAGAGCCCUGCAGCACAAUGUUGGACCCCAUACACAGAUGGUGGUGGUCGUCCUCCCCAGCAACAGGAAGGACAAGUACGACAGCAUCAAGAAGUACCUGUGUUUGGAGUGCCCCACCCCCAGCCAGUGUGUGUUGGCCCGCACGCUGAGCCGCCCCCAGGCCCUCAUGACCGUGGCCACCAAGAUCGCACUGCAGAUGGCUUGCAAGAUGGGAGGAGAACUGUGGAGCGUGGAAAUCCCACUCAAACAUCUGAUGAUUGUGGGCAUCGACUGCUACCAUGACAUCACUGCUGGGAAAAGGUCUGUGGGAGCCCUGGUGGCCAGCCUCAACCAGAGCAUGAGCAGGUGGUUCUCAAACUGCAUCCUGCAGCACAAAGGUCAGGAAAUCAUGGACAGACUGAAGGUGGCCUUAAGUGCUGCACUGAAAGCCUACCUGAAGUUCAACAGCUGCCUGCCUUCACGGAUCAUCGUGUACCGAGACGGAGUGGGCGACGGCCAGCUGCACAGCGUGGUCAACUACGAGGUCGCACAGAUCAUGGACUCCAUCAGGUCCAUUGGGCAGGACUACAUGCCCAGGCUGAGUGUUGUGGUGGUGAAGAAGCGCAUCAACUGCAGGUUCUUCGCCCACAUCAAUGGCAAGGUGUCCAACCCGCCCCCAGGGACCGUCGUCGACUCAGAGGUCACCCGUCCAGAGUGGUAUGACUUCUACAUCGUGAGCCAGGCGGUCCGCAUGGGAAGCGUCUCGCCGACCCACUACAAUGUCGUGUACGACACCAGUGGACUGAAGCCCGACCACAUGCAGCGGCUCACCUACAAGCUGUGCCACAUGUACUACAACUGGCAGGGGAUCAUCCAAGUGCCCGCACCCUGCCAGUACGCCCACAAGUUGGCUUUCCUGGUGGGUCAGAACAUCCACAGUGAGCACAACUCGCAACUGGACAACCUCCUCUUCUACCUAUAAGGACGACAAGAUGAGCAGUUUGUUCGGCUCUGACUCCUAAGUUUCCUUUGUUCUCCUCAGUUGAGUUCUGCCGAUGCCAAGAGUUAGUUUGCGUUUCUGUGGUCACUCUGAGCUACACUGAGCCCCACGGGUGUGUGGGGUUACGCACUUCAAGAGGUUCACAUUGAAGUCUUAAGUCCAAGUUCCAGUUCAGAGGUCAACAGGAAGCUCACAAACUGCAGGUUAAAAUGGUGAGGACGCACCUGUCUGCGGUCUGACGCGGAUGAUGUUCAGUGCAAGCCACACGUGAAGAAUGAAAAAUGAUUUCAAAGAUGACGUCUUCUUUGUGUUCACUAAAGUGUAAGUUCAUGUUUACCUUUGUCAAAGCAAACAGUUCAAAUAAACAUUUGUGUGGUGUAGGUCA